AUGUCGUCUCAAAAUCACAUCUCAAAUUUUUCAGGUAUCUCGAAACCAUUGAAAUCGCGGAAUAAAACAAAAACAAUGAUUACAGUAAAGAUUAUUUUUGUCUGGAUUGGUACCGUGCUUAUUUCCUGUCCAAUUGCUAUUGCUGCACUUCUGGAUUCGACAAAUAUUUUUAAUCGUAAUACUUGUGUAAUAACGAAUCGUUACUAUAUGAUUUAUGGUUCCACAUUUGCAUUCCUCAUACCAUUUCUCAUUAUGGCCAUCACUUUUAUACGUACCACACAACUGCUCAAACAACAAACAGUCCUUGUGGCCAGCAAUCAACAGUACCAUCAAACAGCCACUGCUACUUCAUCUGUUGCCAGUGAUAACAAUCCGACAAGAGCAUUUAUCCUCCGACGUACAUGUACUCGUCGUAACUAUAACUCACCUAGGUAA